UUUUCUAAGGCAACCCCUUAGGUUUUACUUGUCCCGGAUUAUUGCUCCGGUACAGCUUGCCCGGAAGAGGAAACGAGGGGAAAAAAAAAGUAUAUACAAAUUAUCGUCAUCCUCAAUUGUCACACAGACAAACACAUACAUACACACAAAUAUAAACAAGAUGUACAAAACAGUUCGCAAGGGAGAUGCAAGUCUUCAGUAUACAAUACUUCCUCAGACGGAUCAAUUUACUUCGAGUGGACUGCCACAGCAAUCGGUUCGAAAAAGUAAAUUGAAAGUGGCAAAAUACACCAUUUUCUUGAUCCUAUUCAUCCUCUCAUGCAUUGUCACACCGUUCUUAAUUAAUCAAAAUGAAAGGAACAUUUUUUUCAAUAGUAUGUUAUCAGUGGGAAGGACCUCACAUCAAAAUCACAUUAGAAAUUCAACAACAAUAACAACAACAACAACAACAGCAUCGUCAAAUAAUGAUCUUUCAUACGAUGAGGCAAAUACAAAUCGAGAAAUGAGUUUAAUUGUUUCAAAAAUUUUUUCCAAAUUGGAUGCUUCUAGAGAAAGAAAUUCCAUUGAAGAAUCUUCCACUCAAUCGGAGAAUUCUCGAAGUAUCAUCGAUAGACAAGAUCCCGAUCUCUCAAUAUCUGAGAUAAAUGUAGUGUCAAAUCGACCACCACCGAUUCCCACGACAACAUUCACGACAAAUUUUCGAAAAAGUUUAUAUUCCACGAUGCCAUUGACAUCGUCAUCAAUUGUGUCGUUGUCAUCGAUUUCAUCAAUGUCAUCACCGGCACCAAUUUCAUCACUAAGUUCAUCGACCUUUGCAUCAUCAUCAUUAGAAUUAAAAUCAUCAAUAGUGACGGGAAUGCCAUUCAAACCAAAAAUGCCAAGAGUGACAUUAAAAUUACGUGAAAAUGAAACGAUACCACAAAUGUAUAUGAAAGCUGGAAUUGCAUCUUAUAAAAAGGGAAAUAUCACGACCAGUGUUUUAGCGCGUGGAUUAAGUUUAGAGGGUUUGAUUUUCAAAACUCCAGAGGGGACAAUUAAACCAUGGCCACAAAAAUGGCCCUUUGAAUGGUUGCCAUCCGAUCCACGGUGGAAGGGCACAGGAUUUACUCUUCCGAUGUUUAACAUAAUUUUAGGCAUUUUUGGAGGUUUACUUGGACUACUUUGUACGUCAUCUUUGGUUUUUUUAUUUUCAUUACGAUUAUCGCGAAGAAAACGACCAACAAAUAUUGAGGAACCAGAAAUUGAAGGACCUGAGGAUAAAUCAACACUUUUGGGAACAGAAAAUCAAGAGAGAACUAGUGAUCGAGAGUAAGCACAAUAUAUGUCAUUUUUUUCUCACUUAAAAUUAAAAUCAUUAUAUAUCAUCAUCACAAAAAGACUUCAUUGUUUUUUAUAAAAACAAUAGAAAAGAAAAUCAAAUUCACAUCUAAUACUGGACAGAGAAAAUAUUUUCAAAAACACAUUUUCUAUUUCAGUUAUAUAUAUAUAUAUUAU